GUGAAGUGCGUGAGAGAGAGCACCGGUUUUUCAAGGGCUCUGCCUCCUAGAGUACCGCGUGGAUAACGUUCAAGUGCGUGUGAUUAGUUGUGUUAGGAACGGGGGGCAGAGAGGGACUCACCACCGUGGGGUGUAAACCGGGUCCAUGAUGCCCCCCAUAAUCGGGGAAACUCUUCGCGUAUGGUUUUUAUCCGCACUAGUGGUACAUGGGGCAGUGGCCGGUAAUCCAGACGCAAAGCGUCUCUACGAUGAUUUACUCUCUAAUUACAAUAAACUCGUGCGUCCGGUGGUAAAUACCUCCGAUGUGUUGCGUGUGUGCAUCAAGCUCAAGCUGUCCCAGCUCAUCGAUGUGAACUUGAAGAAUCAAAUCAUGACGACCAACCUCUGGGUGGAACAGUCAUGGUACGACUACAAAUUGCGAUGGGAGCCGAAGGAGUACGGAGGGGUACAUAUGCUACACGUGCCUUCAGAUCACAUAUGGCGACCAGACAUUGUCCUGUAUAACAACGCGGACGGAAACUUCGAGGUGACCUUGGCGACGAAGGCCACCAUCUACCACGAGGGGUUGGUCGAGUGGAAGCCACCGGCAAUUUAUAAAUCCUCCUGUGAAAUCGACGUGGAGUACUUCCCAUUCGACGAGCAGACCUGCGUACUCAAGUUUGGCUCGUGGACUUACGACGGCUUCAAGGUGGACCUCAGACAUAUGGAUGAACAGCCUGGGAACAAUGUGGUUGAUGUUGGGGUUGAUCUCUCAGAGUUCUACAUGUCAGUCGAGUGGGAUAUAUUGGAAGUGCCUGCUGUUAGGAAUGAAAAAUUUUACACCUGCUGCGAUGAGCCCUAUCUGGAUAUCACCUUCAAUAUAACACUGAGAAGGAAGACAUUGUUCUACACUGUCAACAUCAUAAUUCCAUGCAUGGGAAUAUCUUUUCUCACCGUACUGACGUUUUAUCUGCCCAGCGAUAGUGGCGAGAAGGUCACGUUAUCUAUCUCCAUUCUCAUUAGCCUCCACGUGUUCUUCCUCCUGGUCGUGGAGAUCAUUCCACCGACUUCGUUGGUGGUUCCACUACUGGGAAAGUACCUCAUAUUCGCCAUGAUUCUCGUCUCCAUAAGUAUAUGCGUUACAGUAGUUGUGCUAAAUGUGCACUUUCGUUCACCGCAAACCCACAAAAUGGCGCCGUGGGUCAAACGAGUAUUCAUCCACAUAUUACCGAGGCUACUAGUAAUGCGAAGGCCGCAAUACAAGUUCGAGCCAAGUCGAUUCUCGUCGGGUCGAGUCUUAAUGAGGACUGUGAGGGGUAAGGAGAAAUCGAAUUAUUAUCCUUAUCAUCCGUCUAGUCAGGACGAUAGUGAAGAUCAUUUCACACCCAAGAGGUUUCACAGUCGGCCAGUAUCCAAAGAGGAUAUUUCUCCAUCGAGCUUAACGGAUGGAGCAAGGUUCGGCGGAAGUUGCCUAAUACACGGGCCUCUACCUCCUCUACCUUUGAACGCCGACUGCGAGGAUGUGCCUGGUGCUGCAGGCAUUGAGGAAGUCAAAAGCCCGGUUCUAGCAUCCGCCCCAGGCUUUACACAUUCACGAUGUCCACCUGAAAUUCAUAAGUCUUGCAUGGGCGUCAGAUUCAUCGCUGAACAUACUAAAAUGCUGGAAGAUUCCACUAAGGUAAAAGAGGAUUGGAAAUACGUAGCAAUGGUCUUAGACAGACUGUUCCUCUGGAUCUUCACCCUGGCAGUAUUAGCCGGUACAGCUGGUAUAAUCCUCCAAGCGCCAACCCUCUACGACGACAGAGUUCCUAUAGACAAGAAAUUCAGUGAAUACGCCCGAGAUACAGUAGCAAGAUGUCCACCUCAAUAGUCCACGUCGAGCCGUGCACCGUAAUAGGCUGUCCCAAUAAUCUAAAACCAAAAGACCGAUUUAAAAUAAAUCGCGUCAGGGUUUCAAUUUGGAUUGAGUCUAUUACUUGUCACGGCUAAGUAACUCCGUCGAUCUGUUCACAUUGAGAGGAUAUUUAUUACUCGCAUUACCCAAAUAUUUAUAACAAACGAGUCUAUUAAUCAUAAAUUAAUGCAAGAGAAUGAACAAGAGAUGAGAAGAAGAGGAAGCGAAACUUGAAAAAUUAUCAAGAGUGGAAAUUUGAUAGCCUGUGCUCAAGUAACUCGUAACAAAGCUGCCACUACGUAACUCGGUAACUUAAUUAUUAAAAUUGUAAGAGGGAAUAAUUACAGUGAACAGGUGUAUUAAUAAUCUAACGUGUAAUAUACUGAAUGAUAUUGUUGUAUUAUAGGUGAAAGGAUUAACUGUUUCAGUAAUAAAGUGCUAAAUUGCGUUUAUUAUCGAAAGAGAUUCGUUCGAAUCAUAGAGUAUGUUAGGGUAUGGUUAAAUUAUU